AUGGCGACCUCGUACAACACAACGGCUCAUGGCGAGCUUCCCUUUACGCUUGACGAUAAGAACCUCCUGCAGUUCAGUUCCUACGUCCAUGGCGAGUUCGUUGCCGCAAAGAAAGGCAAGACCUUUGAUGUCCUCGAUCCCGGCAACGGCAACGCCUGGGCCUCGUGCCCCGACAACGAAGAAGACGACGUUGAGCCCGCAGUCCAAUCCAGCUAUGCGGCGUUCCAGUCCUACUCAAAGUACACGCCGCGACAGCGAGCGCAACUCCUGCUCGCCUGGCACCAGCUCAUCGUCGCGGCGCGCGAGGAUCUGGCGCGCAUCGUCGUGCACGAGACGGGCAAGCCCAUGGCCGAAGCCCUCGGCGAGAUUGACUACGCGACGACCUUUUCCUGGUGGUUCGUCGGCGAGGCCGACCGCGCCCACGGCUCGGCCCUGACGUCCGCCAUCCCCGGCCGGCGCGCUGUCGUUGCCGCCGCCGCCCUCGCCGCCGGCUGCACCAUGGUCGUCAAGACGUCGCCCGAGACGCCCCUGUCGGCCGUCAGCCUGGCCUACCUCGCCACGAGGGCCGGCUUCCCGCCGGGCGCCCUCAACGUGCUGACGACGAGCCUCGAGAACACGCCGGCCGUGGCCGAGGCGCUGUGCCUGCACCCGCACGUUAAAAAGGUCAGCUUCACGGGGAGCACCCACGUCGGCAAGCUGAUCGCGGGGCUGUGCGCGCGGAACCUGAAGAAGACGACGCUGGAGCUCGGCGGAAACUGCCCGUUCGUCGUCUUUGACGAUGCGCAUGUCGAGCAGGCACUGGGCCAGCUGAUGGCGUUGAAGUGGCGGCACGCCGGCCAGGCCUGCGUCACAUCCAACCGCGUCUACGUGCAAAGCGGCAUAUACGAUGUCUUUGUGGCCAAGCUCGUCGAGCAGACCAAGGCUCUCAAGGUCGGCCACGGUAUGGGCGAUGGUGUCACCAUGGGCGCGCUCACGACACCCCGCAGUCUCGACAAGGCCGAGGAGCUGUAUCGGGACGCCGUUGCCAAGGGAGCCAGGACUGUCUUGGGGACGGGACAGCGGAUGGACGGCAGCGGCUACUUCAUGGCACCGACGGUCCUCACCGACAUGACUGACGACAUGGCCAUGAGCCAUGAGGAAAUUUUUGCACCAAUCUUGGGCGUGUACCGAUUCGAGAGCGAGGACGAGGUGACACAGAGGGCCAAUCACACACCCCUCGGUCUGGCUAGCUAUGUCUUCUCGAAGAAUGUCGACAGGCUGUGGAGGAUGUUCGAAAAUCUGGAGGCGGGCAUGGUCGGAUUGGUGAGUCCCUUAUGCUAUGUUUGA